GCCACUCUAGAACCACUCGCCGCUGCGCGCGCAACAUGACGACCAACCACUCUCUGCGCUUAUUAUGUCUCCUGGCACUGGCAACAGCAGAGCCAGCGCCGGCACCGGGUCGCAUACCAAAGGUGUAUAAUGCUCUAAUCACCUCCAAUCAAAACCUGGAGCCCAGCAAGGCAUACCCGGUCUACCAGCCUGUACUACAUGAUCCUUUCGCCUUCCCCUACCAGCCUGCUGUCUUUUAUGGAGGCGACUUUCCGCUCUCGAAUGGUCUGAUACCACCGCCGGGAAUAUCAGCAAAACGUCCAGCAGUUCAGCCGCAACAGCCGACCCCGACGAAUGGUCCGUCUGAUGCAAAACCCUCCUCUGAAUCACCGACGUCCAGCCCACCGCCCGAUCCUUCACAAGACGACGCAAGCAAACCUACCCCUGCCCCCCCUCUGCCACCAAGUACUAAAUCUCCUAUUCCGUUAAAUGAGUUCGGACUACCUCCUCAAGUGUUGCCUCUGGGCCGUUUUGACCCUGCUUACGACGGCUUCACACAAGUCGGUCCAUUCACUUACACGUUUCCUGGUUUAAGAUUCUAUGACCCAUAUGAUCCAUUCAGCUUAAGUCAUUACGCGAACCUUCCACCUUUUUACCGUCCACUGCCGAAUGUUUUGGGACCUGUUGCUCCUCCUCAAACUACUGUUAUAAAAGAUGAAGCACCUUCUCUUGCUCCGGAGACAGCCGGUUCAGAGCAGUCUGCUUCUCCGCAGUCGCCUCCGCCAGAACCUAACGAUCUGAAUGUGCUAAACUAUGCGUCAAAGGACCCGGCUAUACCGAAUGUGCCCCCGCCGCCCCUCCCACAAGGAGGUCUCAAACCUGACAAUGCAGAAUAAAUAUGUGCUUCAUUAGAACUCUAAGAUCGUUUUAAUUUGGAUAUUGAUGACUAUAUAAUCAGUCUAUAACUGCAUAAAAGCCUUUUUUAAUUAAUUACAAUCGUAGACAAAAUAGGAAUGUGAGGGUAUAUUAUACCUGCAACAUACCUGUGUAUAGUCCUCCAUGUUCAAAUUAACUCUUAUAAGUUAAAUUAAGUUAUUAGGUGUACGCAACUAAUUAGUACUUUAUAUACCUAGACCAAUAUUUGUACAAUUUUGCUACACGUUUACAAUAAAAGGAAAUACAAACUUU